AUGAUUAAUAAACGAAAUUAUGCUUUAAACAUAAAGCGAACAUUAACAAAUAUUCCUCACGAGGAAAAAUUGACAAGGUGUACAAUAUCAACGACAAUUGAAAUAACAUUUGCUCCGCAAUGUAAUGAUAUAUCGGAUGGAUUAAUAAAAACAUGGUUCAAAUAUUAUGGAUCGAUUGUACAAAUUCAUUCGCGUCACAAUGUCCAAUUAGAACGAUUAGUGUCCCAAAUUAAAUUUGAACAAUAUGAUUCGGUGGACAAAAUAAAGUCAUCCUUACCGCUGGAUGCAUUAUUCGUUGAAAAUGUUCAAAAGUUUGAACAAGCAGAAAAUACAAAAUUGUAG